GCGAGCUUCGGCGAAGGGUGCAUCUUAACUUAACCAGAGGACAACGAACAGCGGUGGGUAUUUAUCCUUCGGUGCCCCUCCAUUUCAAUCGACCCGCAGACCCUAGCGAUCGAUCGCCAACCGAGGAGGGAAGGGAAAGCAAAUCGAGAGGAGAAGAAACCCUAGGUUCUUUCGUCGAAUCUUUGGUGCUGGUUUUUAUGGAUCCUGCCGUGCCAGCACCAUCCCCUGAUAAAUGUGAUGUGAAGGCUUCAUUUCGUAGACCCUUAAAUGACGCAGCUAAUAGGAAGUAUCGCCGCCAUUCACCUCUUGGUGAUUCAGAUUCAGAUUCAUCUGGGGGAAGUCCUAAACGUGGGCGGAGCCGUAGUCCGGUCCGUUCCAAGGAAGACCUUUCUAAGAUAGCUGAUGAUCAGCGGAGGAAAGAUGAUGGAAGAGAGUUAGAAAGGGGAUCCAACCGUUACCGGUCCAUCAGAGAACAUGGUUCUCAUAGACAUUCUGACAGAAACUCAUUUGGAAAUUCCCGUGACUUCCAUAGGCAUGAGGAUUAUGGCAGGCAUAGGAAGCAUGCUGAUGAGGAUGAGAGGAAUUAUCAUAGGUCUUCUCGGUCAGGUCGAGAAUUGAGGGAUGAGACUCGUUCUGACCGUAUCAGACGCGAUGGCGUAUCUGAUAGAUAUCGAGAUAGUCGGCGAGAUAUUGAUAAUUAUUCUAGAGAGAGGUAUGAAAAUAUGGAGCAUAGAAUUAAGAGGAAAGAGAGAGAAACUGAUGCCCAAGAGCACUACAGAUAUAGUGACAAAGAUUACGACAAAGCUGUCACUGGAAGCAGACAAAUCAACUCAAGCAGAGAUCAUGGUAAGAGUGGAGAGCGAGAUCGGCAGAAAGAUAGAGAAACUCGAGAUGACAGAAAGGACCAUCACAGGAGCCCUGGAAAUUACAAGAAUGAUCAUUCAUCUUUACAUGAUGAUUUGAGGGGAUAUGUGAAAGAUUCAGCUCCAGGAAGAGACAGUGGUAGCCUUCGAUUGGCAGAAACUCACAAGAGUGGAAAUAAGGAAAUUGAUGACCAGGAGGAUUUGAUGCAGAAGAAGCAGAGUUAUUGGGAAGGUGAUAAGCACAAGGAGAAAUAUAAGAAGGAACCAGAGGAAGGAAGGCAAAAUGAAGACAGAAGUUUGUCCAGUUACUGGGAAAGAGAUCGGAAAUAUGAACAACAUUUAGAUAAAUCCUCUAAUGUUAGGCAAAAUUCUUCAGCAACGAGACUUAAGCUGGGUAAUUCAGAAGGAAAUGCUGUGGAUGAGAAGCCAUGCUCAAGUUUAAAACAGGUAAAAGAGAUGGAUGAAACAGUGACUUCGGAACAUACAAGCUCAAUCACCAAUCAGGCUGGAGAUGGAAGUGAUCUUAAUGCAGCAAAAGUUGCAGCAAUGAAAGCUGCUGAAUUAGGUGUAAAUAAGAACCUUGUAGGAGUUGGAUACAUGUCUACCGACCAGAAGAAAAAGCUACUGUGGGGUAACAAAAAGAACAGUGCUGCUGAAGAGACAGCCAAUCGCUGGGAUUUAAAUCUGUUUUCAGAUCGAGAGCGUCAGGAGAAGUUCAAUAAACUCAUGGGUGUGAAGGGCACUGUGAUUCCAGAGCACAAACCCGAGAGCAAGGAUGGAAGCCUCCAGGAGAAGAGACAGGAGCUCGAGAUGGACCUGGAGAAGCAGUACACUGCUGGACUUCGGCGAAGAGAUGGCCGGACGGUUGGUCUUGGCCUGUAAUGAUCCCAAUCUCUAUUUUUGCUUGCUUCAAAUGUGUGUGUGGUAAACAAUUUUAUGCACAUCUUCUUGGGUGCCGAGGAAUAGUUUGGUGGUUGCUUUUGAACAUUUGUAGACCCAGUUCAUCUUUGGCAAUAUUAAAUACUAACAGAGGGAUGAUGAAGUUGUGCCUGCUGCUUCCA